AUGCCCAUAUCGGCCCGAUAUUGGCUAGAUGAUGGCAUAUCGGCAGAGGUCUACCGAUGUUGGGCCGACAUCGGACCGACGUUAAGUUUAAAUGACACAAAGACUUUGUUACGGGACUUGCUUAGCAAUUACAACAAAAACGUGCGACCUGUACACAAUCAGAGUGAAAUUGUCAACGUCACUGUUAAGCUAUACGUGAAGUCAAUUCAGGAGUUCAAUCAAUUGGCAAGUGAGUUUAAGUUCAAACUCAAGAGAAGACCGGCAUAUGUUUUAGUGAAUGUGCUAUUACCUAUUUUGUUCCUGAGCGUCCUGAAUCUGUUGGUGUUCCUUUUGGUGCCGGAGUCCGGAGAGCGGGUUUCAUACUGUAUUACCGUUCUCCUUUCUAUCGUGGUCUUCAUGACCAUAGUCAGCGCUAUGUUACCCAGGACCUCGAAACCCGUUCCGAUCGUUUCAUACAAACUUAUCGUAGAUAUGGUUAUUAGUGCGGCGAUUACCGUUGUGUCCAUUCUUAACCUUCGUAUCUACAGCAAGGAUCCGGAAAUUCCCGUUCCAAAAUGGCUUAUUGGUAUUUAUCGGUUUUGGGCAUGCGCCGUUUGCCGAAAGCAAAAAACAAAACUCAUAUGGAUGAGAAAGUUAUUUAGGAAAACAUCAAAAGCGACCAGAAUACAGACGGUGAAAACUAUCUCUGAAGCUGAAAAUGAGAAUGAUAUUAAGAGACGACUGUCAGAAUUUCAAUUAAUGGAUGAAGAACAGAUCACGAGGAAGAAAAUAAGCUACAUGGUCGAAGUGUUUGCUUUCUGGUUGUUUGGUCUUGCAACACUUUGCAGUUUCGCUGUUUUCCUUGCUAUUGUUACAAGUCGCGGCAAGUAA